AUGCGGUGGCUUUUAGAACCAUGGAAUGGGGCCGAGGGCAAAGGUGCUGCCCGGGCAGGGGGCGGCCCCCCCCGCCCUGCCCCGCCCAGGGCCCUGCCCCAUAAAGCGGCGCAGGAGCAGCGGGGCCGUCCCGUCCCGUCCUCCCUGCCCGGUCCUCCCGGUGCGUCCUGCCCCGUUCUCGGCUCCCCCUGCCCCGGGAUGCUCCGCCGCCGCGGAGCCUUCAGCGUGGAGCCGCUCCGUGCAUCCCAGUUCCGUCCCCAUGGCGGGUGCACGGUGGGUGGCUCCAGCCCCUGGGUCAAGCGGUUUGAUGGUCCCUGGGAGGCGGCAGAGAGCUGCGUGGUUCACACCUCGGCCAGCGUGUACCGGCGGCUGCAGGAGAGCCCGCGGGGGGAGAUGAGCACUCGGGGACCCCCCGCCCCACAUCCCCUGACCCCCGGCACCCCUCCGGCCAGCGGGCAGCUCCUCAAGAGCGAGUCGGAGGAUUCCGGGGUGGAAAUGGCCGGCAACGAGCACUCGCCGUCCACCCCCGUGGGCUCCGAGAGCAGCUUCUCCCUCGAUGGGUUCCCAGCGGAGCGGAGCCCCGCCGGGGAGGAGCCGGGCACGGAGCCCCCCCGCCUGCCCCACAGGAAGCUGGUGCAGGCGGCGCAGCGCAGCAGGAGGCAGCGGGUGCUGGGGCGAUGCCACCGCGGGGCCACGAAGCCCCCCCGGGAGCCGGAGGAACCCGCCGCGGAAGCGGCGGCUGCACCGAGGGGGGCUCAGGAGCCCGGCAGCCCCCGAGGGGCUGAGCCAGGACAGGGGCUGCGGUACCUGGAGCACGUCUGUCAGAUGCUGGAGCGUUUGGCCAAGCUGCAGCAGGACAACCGGCUCCUGCGGCAGCAGGCGGAGGGCACCCAGCGCGCCCGCCCCGACGCCACGCACAGUCGGGAUCCAGCCGUGUGGAGGGGUGAGCGGUUCCGGCCGCGCUCCUGCUCGGACAGCCAGGCUCCAGCUUUAUCCCCCGCUCCGCUCGCAGCCCCUGACGCUGCCCCGUGCCGCAGGACAUGGGGGUACUCGGCCAGCUCCCCCAGCCUGCUGGACCCUGCCGAGAGCACCGCGGCUGCCCCGGCACCGGACAAGGACGGGCGCUCGCACUGGGGCCGGGUGAAGGCGCUGCUCACCCGCCUGACCCGCCGCUCGCUGCGAGGGGGCCGCUGCAGGUAGGGCCGGGUCCGGGGGGGGUCCCGGUCCUGCUGCUGCCUGUGGAUGGAGGACCCGCACCGCACCCAUUGCGUCACACCCCCCCCAUGACGUCACUCCCGCCCGGGGCUAGUCCCCGGCCCGGUGCCCCCCCCAAACCCCUCCUUUUACCCAAAUAAAACCUUUUCACUGCUAAAGAGGCGGCUCUUUGCGAGGUGACGUCAUGUGCUGUUGGGAGGUGACGUCACUCCCAACGCCGGCGUGACGUCACGUCAGUACACGUCACCACCGCAUCACUUCCCGACGGCUUUUUUCCGCUCCUUUUGUCCUCCCGGUUCCGGCUGCUCUGAACCCCCCCGCGGGUCCCCCCGUCCCAACCCGCUCCCGUGGGGCAGGACGGGCUCCGGGGGGCUCCCGCUGCCUUGGGCGGGCGGGAGGGGAGGUGGCUAAAGCUUGUCCCUCCCCGCUCCUCACCGAGCGCCGCCGGUGCGUGGAGAAGGGGGUCCCGGGGGGUCCCCACCGGAGCGGGGCUUCUCCGGGUUGUUACCGGCCGGCAACAGCGUUUCGGGAGGUGGCCGAGGAGGUUUCUCCCGGCUGAGGUGAGGGGGGCGCUGCCGGGAUGCUCCGCCGCGGUGGUGGCUUGGUGCUGAUGGAGCCCCUCUUCGUGCCGUCGGGUCUGCGUGGUGAUGGGCCGGGUACCGCAAGAUGCCGCUGGAAGCUGCCCUCAGCGCCGGCCAGGUACCCCCCUCAUACCCUCCAUCCCCGCUCUUCCCUGCUGAUUUCCUACCGGGACUUGGGUAGUUCCCAUCCCAGCAGCGCAUCCUGGAGCCUCUACCGAGCCUCCAAAUCCCGGGGCAGCAACGGGGCAUCCUCGGAGCAUCCUGCAUCCCAUCGCUCUUCCUGGGAAUGCCCCCUCUGCAAUGCCAGGGAGAUGCUCCAGCAGCAUCCGGCUGCCCCACGGGAUGCGGCCCAGGCUGGGUGGAUGCCUUCCCCCCAGCCGGUGCUACCCCAGCUGCAUCCUGGUGCCUGACCCCACAGGAGGGUGGUCUGGAUGAUGCUGAUUCUGCUUUUGGGAUCAAGGUGAGGAGGAGGAUGAUGAUGGGGGUCUUGGCACGGGGGCCUGUGGCUCCAUUCCCUUGCAAUGGCCUCGCUGUCCCUGAAUCACCUGGAGAAGGGGAAGGCUCCCAACCACCCAACAAAGACAACUGAGGCGUGGAUCCAGGUGUGUGCUGCUCCUGGCAAGGGUUCAUGCAGCCAGUUUUGGGGUAAGAGUGUAGGUUUUGGUGUAAGCUGUCAGGUGUAUUUAGUGCUGGGCUGGCUGAGGGAUGGCAUCUGCAAAACCUGGCUGGGGACCUUGUUCCCAAAGGGAAUGUGGGCUUUGGGAAGCAAGGGGAUGGUCAGGAUGCUGCCAUGUGACAGUUCACUGCCUGUCUGCGCAGUCCCUGCUGGGGAGGAAAGAGGAUGCUGCACUUAUCAGUACCUGUUCCCAUCACGGGAUGGCCUCAUCCUGAUGCUCACCUGGCCCUGGCAUAGUGGCCAUUCCCACGGUAUCCAGAUGGGAGCAGAGUUUGCACCGCUGGGGUUGAGCUGCCAUCAGCGCAGUCCCUCUCCGGAGCUGGAAGGACAGCAGGAGGAGCUGACGGCACAGCGAGGAGCUGACGGCACACUGGAGCCGGGCUUUGCUGAGCAGCUCUGGGGCUGCGGCGGGCCAGACGGGUGGCUGCAGGCGAUGGAGGAGGCAGGGUGCUGGGGAUGAGGUGGCAGGGGAGCGCUGCUGGGGAUGCGGAGGGCUGCAGGGUGGGUGUCAGAGCUCAGAUGGGGUUUAACCCAGCUGCAGAUGCAGAGGAGUUCUGCACCUCCCCUGCCACGGACCUUUGCUCCUGAGGAGCUGGGGCAGGGUCUGCGGAGCCCCCCGAGCAUCCCCCAUGGCACAGCGUGGUCCUCGCAUGGGCUGGGCUCCUGCGUGGCAGUUAAAUAUAGCAUCCCUGCUCUGGGUAACCGUGGCAACGGGGUUUAUUUGGCUUAGACCUGGCCUGGCAUGUGAUGCGGUUGGGAAGGAACAGCCGAGGGAAGGGGGAAGCUCUUGGCUCCAUCCCAGCAGCGACUGCAUGGGAUGUGGAAUGCGGCCCCGGGAUGCUCUCCCUGUGCCCCUGCAAAUGGCCUGGGACACUCACCAGCCCUCCCAUGCCCUGUCAGGGCUCUGGUCCCAUCCUAUCCCAUCCUGGUAGCGGGGAGGCUUUAUGGGGGUCCAGCUCCCUGCUUCCUGCCGGUCAGGUGGGGCACCCUGACCACUGUUCCUGCCGUGCCACAGGGUCUGCUUUGCCAAAUUCAGGUACCAGUGGUGAUGGACAGACAUAGGGACAGAGCCAAGGGGGGGCCCGGUGUCCCUGGUGCAAUCACACUUGUGCUGGGAACACAGUGCUGGUGUUUCGGGGCACUUGGCCUCCUCCAUCCCUCAUUCACGUCUCUGUUUCCGCAGCCCGAGGCUCUGGACCUGAGCGCUGUGAUGCUCUGGAUGCUCUCCAAGCCCUGUGUCCCUGGGCACCGAAGGACGGGGAGCUCUUGGGUAGGUGCAGGAUGACAGGGGCACGGCGCAGCCCCUGCUGUCAGCUGGUGCAGCGGGUGAGGAGCUCUUGUUCCAGGGAAGCUGCUGCCCCCUGCCCUGCUCCACAUCUCCCGCAGCAUCGUGGGGCUCAGCCUGGGCAAGCCACUGGGGAGCAGCCACCUCUUCCCAUGGAGACCAAACGCACGGGGUAAGGCGGGAUGAGAUGUGCUGGGACACGGGGCACCACGAGCUGCCGUCACCCCCUCUCCUCCCUUCCAGACCCAUGAACCAGCACCCACCAGGUCUCCACAGGAGACAGCAAGGUCUGGAUGUCACAGCAGGGAUGUGGAUGGCAGCACGAUCCCCACAAGCCUGUUUUGUCCCAACCUUCCUGGAGAGCUGGAUCCCACGCUGGGCAUCCAUAGGGAUGUGCAGGGUUUCCUCUGACUGGUUUGCAUUGAAUAGAACCUCUGAAGUAGGGAAUCUUGUGUGUGGUGGAGACAGGGCACAGGCCACCCAGUCCUCCCAGUGGGAAGCUCAGUUUGGGGACAGACUGGCUGGUUUGGGAUGGAGGGACCCAAGCAGGGGGCUGGUGCUCACUGGGAGGCUCUGGAUGCUGCUGUGCCCAUAGCGUGCUGCUUCUCUGCACUUAUCAUCUCCAUGCCUGCUUCCCAGCCCCUUGUGCCAUGCAGCAGCAGCUCAUCCCAGGAUGGGAGGGCUCCUGCACCAUCUCCCUGUGCCGCAAGGCGCCGGCCUGCCCUCCAAUCCCCUGUAUUUGACUGUAAAACUGUAUUCCUUGU